AUCCGUGGCAUCAACAAACACGUCCGUGUUCUCGCGAGCGAAGAACACACUUUAGCCUGAAACAUCAGAUACGUGAGAGACUUCUUUGAGGACACUUGUCGUGGCUGUGUUGACAUAAGGAGGCAAAGGUGAGCAUUAAAAAAAGAAUCUUUCGCCGAGCUGUGUGUCAAAGCUUCUCCGACCUUCACCGCUUCAAGCUAGCAAAAUGACAGGCAGCUGCUAAACUGAGCUCAAGUCACUGAUCUUAGAUCAGUACUUUUUCUCCACUGGAGUCUGUGAUGAUGCGUUUUUGUAAACCCUGAGUCUUUAAUGAAUUUGGAACGCUGAAGCGGACAAACACAAGGGGUGUCAGUCACCUUCUCCAACUAGGUACUCGGAAUUCCCGACUUCCGGGUACGGCUUAAACGCAGCAAGCUGAUUGAAUGGAAGAAGGCCAGGGAGAGAGUAGGACUAAUGUGGGCCAGACGAGGCCUCAUGGAAGAGACUGCAGCAGCCAGACCAUUAGCACACUACAAGGUCAUGGUCCCAGGUUGUCAAAGAUAAACCUGUUCAGCUUGUUGAGUUUGUGGCUGGAACUGUUCCCUCAGGAGCAACCUGAAGAAGAAGAGCAGAUCCGUAAUGUGGGUCUAGUGGUGGUACGGGACGCUAAGGUGGUGGGACUCCACUAUUCCAGACAUGAGCUCCACGCGGGACAGGCAGCCAUCAUCCAACACGGCGCCCGUCUGGCCGACUGUCAGCUGUACUUCUCCAGGCGACCAUGCGCCACCUGCCUGAAGAUGAUCAUCAAUGCUGGAGUGAGUCAGAUCUCCUUUUGGCCUGGAGACCCUGAGUGCAGCAUGCUCAGGUCCAGCCCCCACGGUCCUCCCAUCCCAGAGGAAGCCAUGCUGGACGCCAUGGCUACCGAGAAGCUGAAGUCCAACAGCCGCUCCCACAUAUGCUUGCUCCUCCAGCCUCUUGCCCCCGGCAUGGCGCAGUUUGUUGCCGAGACGUCCAGAGAGUGUGAUUUCAUGGUGGAAGCCGCUGAUGAUGAUGAUCUCGGCCUGACCGCAGAGGAACUCUUCAGCAGGGAACAGGAGAAACACUUCCAGGAUUUCUCCAAACAUUUCCUGAUCGAGAACUCCCAUCAGCACAGAGAGAUUCUGACCCGGAUGCAUCUGGAGAACUUCUGUGUGGAGCCCUACUUCUCCAACCUGAGACACAGCAUGAGGGAGGUGGUGGAAGUUCUGGCUGCAGUGGCGGCCGGGGUGCCACAGCGACACUGCGGCUUUCACCGGGAACCCUUAGCCGCCGAUGCAUCAUUAUUGUCGACGCCCCCUCGCCAUGAGAGUGUGUCCCAAGAAGUUGCCCGUCAUUGCAUGAUCCAAGCCAGGCUCUUGGCCUAUCGGACAGGUCUGCUCAGAAAACACAAGCUUCAUGAGGACCCUAAGGUGGGCGUCGGUGCAGUUAUUUGGGCCCACAGUCAAUCGGCUGCCCUUAAUGGCUCAGGUGGUCUGUCCUUAGUGGGCUGCGGGUAUAACGCUUACCCAGCGGGUUCGCAGUACGCCGAGUACCCACUCAUGGAUGACAAGCAGGAGGACAAACAGCGGCGCAAGUACCGAUACAUUAUCCAUGCCGAGCAGAACGCCCUGACCUUCAGAACUCGUGACAUCAACCCUGAAGAAGCUGCCAUGCUGUUUGUAACAAAAUGUCCCUGCGAUGAGUGCGUUCCUCUGAUUCGAGGCGCCGGCAUCACGCACAUCUACACCAACGACCACGACAGGGAUCGGGACAAAGGCGACAUUUCCUACCUCCGCUUCAGCAACCUGAAGGGCAUCCAAAAGUUCAUCUGGCAAAGGGACCCUGUCGCUUCUUCUUACGUCACCGCCAACGGUUAUGCUGGCAAGCGCAGCAGGGCGGAGGCGCAGGAGAAGCACGGCAUCAAGAAGCUACGCAACAACGGGGCCAACAACUUGAACCCCGUGAGCUGAGAAUCAACCCGAGCCAGCAGCGUUGCACGAGCACACUGGACCUGAACUUCCUCUUGCAUCGCCAUUUUUUUUCUGGUGGUCCACAAACAUUUGAUGACAAAUGUUCCUCAUUCUGUGAUUGAGGAGAACAUGUGGAGAACUCAACACACCACAUCGACUUCAUCACUAAGAAGCGAAGAAUGCAUAGUCACAGUGGAACCUUUGUUAGAGUCCACCCGGGUAGUGCGUUUAGCGGUUCAUUUAUGCCACAGUUUUGCGAGCAUUCUCUGAUUAACGUACAAUAUGGCGCCCAUCUGGUCUUGUUAUAAAUACACUGCUUGAGUCCAAUGUGUUUUUAUUGAUUUGAUUUGUAUUAUUAUUUUACAGUUACAUUACAAUUUAUAUGUACAUAUACAGUGGUGUGAAAAAGUGUUUGCCCCCAAUUUCUUUUUUUUUUUUUUUGCAUGUUUGUCACACUUAAAUGUUUCAGAUCAAACUAAUGUAAAUUUAGUCAAUGACAACACAACUCAACACAAAGUGCAGUUUUUAAAUGACAUUUUUUAUUAUUAAGGUAGAAAAAAAUACAAACCUACAUGGCCCUGUGUGAAAAAGUGAUUCCCCCCGUUAAAACAUAACUUAACUGAGAUUGAGAUCUAUCAGUGUGGAAAACAUUAUAAAGCCAUUUCUAAAGGUUUGGGACUCCUUCCCAGGAGUGGCCAACCAAAAUGACCCCAAGAGCGCAGCCACGACUCAUCCAUAAGGUCACAAAAGACCCUACAAGAACACCCAAAGAACUGCAGGCCUCACUUGCUUCAGUUAAGGUCAGUGUUCAUGACUCCACCAUAAGAAAGACACUGGGCAAAAACGGCCUGCAUGGCAGAGUUCCAAGACCAAAACCACUGCUGAACAAAAACAACAUUAAGGCUUGUCUCCAUUUUGCCAGAAAACAUCUUGAUGAUCCCCAAGACCUUUGGGAAAAUACUCUGUGGUCUGACGAGACAAAAGUUGAACUUUUUGGAAGGUGUGUGUCCCAUUACAUCUGGCAUUUCAGAAAAAGAACAUCAUAGCAACAGUAAAACGUGGUGGUGGUAGUGUGAUGGUCUUCAGGACCUGGAAGACUUGCUGUUAUAAAUGGAAGCAUGAAUUGUGCUGAAGGAGAAUGUCCAGCCAUCUGUUGGUGACCUCAAGCUGAAAGCAACUUGGGUUCUGCAGCAGGACAAUGAUCCAAAACACACCAGCAAGUCCACCUCUGAAUGGAUGAAGACUUUGGAGUGGUCUAGUCCAAGUCCUGACCUGAAUCCUAUUGAGAUGCUGUGGCAUGACCUUAAAAAGGAAAAGCCUCCAAUGUGGCUGAAUGACAACAAUUCUGCUAAAUUCCUCCCCAGCGCUGGAAGAGACUCAUUGCAAGUUAUCACAAACGCUUGAUUGCAGUUGUUGCUGCUAAGGGGGGCCCAACCACUUACUAGGUUUGGAGGGUAAACAAUUUUUCACACCACUGUACAUAUGUACAAUACAAUGUAUUAUUUAUUUUUAUUAUUGUAAUUAAUUUUAUUAUAUAAAAACAAUUAAUUUAAUUAAACUAAACUAUUCAAAAUUAUUGUUAAUGUAUUUUUGAACACAGCAUGGCCUUCUUAGCAUCCUAUUAACUUGCUACUACAGUACAUGGAAACAGGAAUCAGAAGUCAUCUCGUCUAUGAUGUCCACAGUGGUUGACUCAAAAACACGUUUUUACAGUUUUCAUAAUCAAAACGCAUAAAAAUGAUGAUCAAAACGGGUAAAUGAACAUUUAAGGUUGCUUUUACCUUGAUUGAGGGUGAUUGGAGUCGGACCUUCUGGAACAAAUUAAUGACGCUAACCAAGGUUCCACUAUAUUAAGAAUGGCAUAAUAAACUUUAAAAAAUACACCCAUAAAUCAAAGCAAAGCAAAAUAAGCCAAAUAAAAAUGGAGAACAAAAUCAAGCAAUUUUGGAUUCUUAGUGCAAAAGUUAGUGCAUUAAGUCUCUAUUUCAUUCAAGAUUUUUUGCACCAUUUAAACUUAUCAAAAAUAUAUUGGGUGUGGUACAGUCCAGGGUGUACCACACUCCUUGCCCGAAGGCAGCUGGGAUAGGCUCCAGCAUACCCGAGACCCUUGUGAGGACAAGUGGCAUAGAAAAUGUAUGGAUGACUAUAUAAUAUUAUAGAAUUUUUCAUUAUUUAAAUGACUUUAAUAUGAAAAAAAAACGGAGUAACCUAUCUGAAUUUGUAGAUAGUAUUUUGCGGAUUCACCAUCACGGUUAUUCAAAAAUGUAUGACAUGGUCAACUAAGGGCAAUUUAAAAAAUAUAUGCAUAUUUAAGCAGAUUUUACGUAUUUUGGGCCUAAAUUAAACACUUUUUAGCAUAAAAAUGGCUAAAUGAAGUAAAAUACAAAUACAGUGUACAAGGCAUUCAGAAGACGCAUUCAAGGACGUUGUGAUAUGUAUUGUAGUAUUCUACACUGGUCACUAGAUUCAAGAUUCAAGAGUUUUAUUGUCACUAGGUGUCAGUAAUGUAGUAACAAAACUCUAACAUGUUUGAGUCUAUAUUUUCUAGUGUUAUUUCCUCUUAUUAUGUCUACUACAUAGGGUAAUAUAAGAGUAAAGGCAACUAUAGGGGUGUUACAUCAUGGCUCGAGGGCUCUAAUAAUGAUAAAAACUGUAUUUAGGUUUUCUGUGCUCAAACUACAAAAAUAUUCCAUUUAUGAAUAAAGAAUCCUACUUUGUGGAAAUUCACUUAUCACAGUCGGGUUUGGAACCAAUUAUGAGGAUGAUAAUUUUUCAUCCAUACGGAGGAGGCCUAUUUUAAAAAUGAUAAGGCAUCUCUAGGUAAACUUACAUUAGUGGCUGUGUCCUGGUCAUCAAAAUAUGGUCACCCUACUCUGUACGCAACUUUAUAUACCAUACGUAUUAUUAUUUAUUAUUGUGUAUUAUUAUUUAUGUAUUUUAUUGAAAUAACCCCAUAGAGCCAUCCUGUGUUACAAAUGAGCAGCACACAAAGCAAAUUGUUGAGUUCCCAUCAUUUUAUUUGUCGUCAGUGUGGUACACAAUACGGGGCGUGUGCAGUGGGGAGACACCGCAAGAUCAUGUUUUGACUGCAUGAAAGUGAUGGAAUGCCAGCUGCAUGUCAUCUAGCUGAAAGAACAUCCACUGGUGAAUAAACCUGAUCCCUUAAAGCUUUUCUUUUAUUGGUUUGGCGCAUUUUGCAGUUCAUUUUCGGGAUUUGUUUUUGUACAAUUGCCAGUCCAAUGUAACUACAACUGCUCAUGGUCUCCGAGAAUGGAACUCUGUAGUCGAGAGCCGAUUGUCUUGAGAAUGAAGCCCCCCUCUUAAAAGGGACGGUUCACACUUUGACAUGAAGUUGUAGGACAUCCUCAUCUGCAGUGUAGUCCAUCAACGGACACUGACCCCCCACCCGGUCCCCAAAGUCAGUCCACGGUCAGUCCACGCAGUUGCUGGAAGACAUAUUUAAACGAGAUGUCCGCGGCGCCACGUCGCGGAAGAACAUGCGAGUGUCUUGGUCACACACACAAGAAUGGACAGGCGACAGGGCGCAGGAAUACGGCGGGAGACAAAUAUAACGCCGAGGGAUUUGUGAUGCAAAUUACCAUUUUGAACACAUUGUUUUGAGACGCCAAACUCCAUAGUAGCGUAACCCCAGCGACUA